UCCGCCGGGGCUCGGCGGAGCAGCGCAGCCGCCCCUCGCCGCGCCCCCCCCCGGCAGCCAGAGGCGGGCGCGCAGCCCCCGCUCGGCUCAGAGCCGCCGGCAGCCGGCGGUGCUCGGUGCCCGGAGCCCGGUGCUCGGUGCCCGGAGCCCGGUGCGCGGUGCCCGGUGCGCGGUGCGCGGUGCCGUGCCCCCGUGCGCAAAGCGGGGCCGGGGGUGCGGGGGGGCUCCGAGCUCCGAGCCCCGCUGCCGGGCGGAGCGCCCCCACACCCCCCCACCUCGCCUUUCUUCGCGGAGCCGUGCGGAUUUGGGAUCUACCUGCUCGUCUGGGGGCUUUGCUUCCUUCCCCGAUCCUUUUUUUUUUACCCAUUUUUUUCCUCCUCUUUUUCAUUUUUUUUUUUCCAUUUUUUCUUUUUUUCCUUUUUUUUUUUUUUUUUUUUUUUUUUUUUUCCCACCGCCCGCGGAGGAUCCUCGUGGAUUUCCUAACAUGAUCUUGGCAAACGCCUUCUGCAUCGUCCUCUUCGUAGAUGAGACCCUCCGCUCGCUGGCCGCCCCCCCGUCCCCCCCAGGGCAGGACCCGCAGGGCUGGCGGGCGCCCGUGGACUGCGUGCGAGCCAACGAGCUGUGCGCGGCCGAGCCCAGCUGCAGCUCGCGGUACCGCACGCUGCGGCAGUGCCUGGCGGGGCGCGACAGGAACACCAUGCUGGCCAACAAGGAGUGCCAGGCGGCGCUGGAGGUGCUGCAGGAGAGCCCCCUCUACGACUGCCGCUGCAAGAGGGGCAUGAAGAAGGAGCUGCAGUGCCUGCAGAUCUACUGGAGCAUCCACCUGGGGCUGACCGAAGGAGAAGAAUUUUAUGAAGCUUCCCCCUACGAGCCGGUCACCUCUCGUCUCUCUGAUAUAUUCAGACUCGCUUCAAUUUUCUCAGGAAUGGACCCGGCCACCAACUCCAAAAGCAACCACUGCCUGGACGCGGCCAAAGCCUGCAACCUGAACGACAACUGCAAGCGCCUGCGCUCGGGCUACAUCUCCACCUGCAGCAAGGAGAUCUCGGCCACCGAGCACUGCAGCCGGCGGAAAUGCCACAAAGCCCUGCGCCAGUUCUUCGACCGCGUGCCCAGCGAGUACACCUACCGCCUCCUCUUCUGCUCCUGCAAGGACCAGGCUUGCGCCGAGCGCCGGCGGCAAACCAUCGUCCCCUCCUGCUCCUACGAGGACAAGCACAAGCCCAACUGCCUGGAGCUGCGCAACGUGUGCCGGGCCGACCACCUCUGCCGGUCCCGGCUGGCCGAUUUCCACGCUAAUUGCCAAGCCUCCUUCCAGUCCCUGACGAGCUGCCCCGGGGACAACUACCAGGCGUGCCUGGGCUCCUACGCGGGGCUCAUCGGCUUCGACAUGACGCCCAACUACGUGGACGCCAGCACCACCAGCAUCACCAUCUCGCCCUGGUGCUCCUGCAAAGGCAGCGGCAACCUGGAGGAGGAGUGCGAGAAGUUCCUCAGGGACUUCACGGAGAACCCCUGCCUCCGAAACGCCAUCCAGGCCUUUGGCAACGGCACCGAUGUGAACCUCACCCCCAGGACGCGCUUGGUCCCCGUCACCGUGCCGCCCAAGACGGAGAAAAGCCCGUCCACCGAUGACAUCAACUACAGCAACACCAUGUACGACACGAGCAUCAUCACCACCUGCACCUCCAUCCAGGAGCACGGACAGAAGCUAAACAAGUCCAAAGAGCAGAGCCUGUGCUACUCAGAGACCCAGCUGACCACGGACACCAUGCCGGACCAGAAGACCUUCGUGGACCCCAAGGCAGGCGGCAGCCGGCACUGGGCGGGCCGGAUCCUGCCCACCGUGCCCGUCCUCCUCCUGGUGCUGGUGCUAUAGAGGGACGGGGACGCUCGCCCCAGCCUCGACCACGCCACCGGUGCCGGUUUGGGAACAUCGGGAAGCCAAGGCUCACCUCGGGCUCCGGACUGGAACGCUCCCAAACACCGGCGCUGCCACCACGGCACGGCGGCGGAUGGACCCUGGUGGUGCUGGGAAACUUUUGGUGGUUUUCUUCCCCCCCUUGUUUUUUUUUUUUUUAAUUUUUCCUUGACGUUUUUGGUUCAUUUUACGGCGCGUUGGGUGUCUCCGCUGAAGCAGGAGCCCGAUGGCUCGUGGCAAAACCCACCCGUGCCGCCCCGAAAUGGGGAGCCAAAGCUGUGAACGGCACCGGGGAGGGAAAACGAGCAUCGAGCAGAGCUCGGGCAAGGGCUGGCUGCAGGAGCCACCAGCUCGGGCACGCUGUGGGGACCCCGUGGGGACAAGGGACGUAUCCUCAGCACCCCACUCCGGAGGACAGCCGUGCUACUGGAGGCUCUCCGUCUCCCUCCGGCCAGGGAACUCGCUCCAGCUCUCUACAUCAUUACUGCCUUUGGGUUUUUUUCUUUCUUUUCCCGUUGUCGGUGAGAAUUUUAAACCAGAAAAAGAAACCAGUAUCCAAACGAUGUGAGGUUGUCCUGAUGCUUUCGGUCUGUCACUUGGAGAGGGAGAUUUUUUUUUUUUUUCAUCUUUUUUAAUAUUCCAUCCUUCGUCCUGUCGGAUUUGGGUUGGGAUGAGAUCCGACCCCAGCAGCGGUUGGAAACCUCUAUAUGUUACUCAGUUUUCUUUUAUAUAUACAUAUAUAGUGUAUGUAUAUAGUGUUCACCUAUACCUACAUAUAUGUAUGUAUAUACAUAACCAUAUACAUCUACGGUGUGGCUUUUUUAAAUUUCAUUUCCCCUUUAUUUUUAAAAAAAAGAAAUGCUCAAAUGGCAACGCCUACAAAUGUAUUAUUGUAAAGUUUAUUUUUUUUAAAUGAUGUCUAUAAUGGAAAAAAAAAAGAAAAAAAAAAAAAAAGAAAUAAACCAAGAACAAAGAA